GCGCGCCUGUCUUUGCAGGGGGAUUUCGGCGCGGCGGACAGCGCCAUUGCGCUUCAGCGCCAUUGCGUUUUUUGGGGUUUUUUUGCGGGGAGAUCCGGCGGCUGCUUGCAAACGGGGCUGGCAAUUCAGCACCAGGGACAGCUGCGGUGAUUUUGCAGGGGGGCAAUUCAACACCAGGAACAGCGGCGGUUUUUGCAGGAGGGCCCCAAUUCAGCAACAGGACAGCGGCGUUGUGCAAAGGGCCAAUUCGUCACCAGGGGCAGCGUCUUUUUUCAAGGGAGGGAGGCGAUUCAGCACCAGGGACUGUGACGUUUUUUGCAAGCGGUGGCAAUUCAGCACCAGGGACAGCGGCCCUUUGCAAAGGGCCAAUUCAGCACCAGGGACAGCAGCCGCCUCUGCUUCUUCCACAGGGCCGCUUCAGGACCACGGAUAGACCCUCUUGCGUGGCAGUUCUCCGCCGCCUGGGGGGCCCUUGGGCUGCGCCGGGCGACGGUGGGGUGACCGCCAUGCGCCUCCUGCUGCUGGCCGUGCUGCUGUGCUUCUCGGUGGCGCGGGGGGGCUGCGAGCCCAAGGUGGUGAACAUCGGGGCAGUGCUGAGCACCAAGAGGCACGAGCAGGUCUUCCGCGAGGCCAUCAACCAGGCCAACAAGCGCCAUGGCACCUGGAAGAUCCAGCUCAACGCCACCUCCGUCACCCACAAGCCCAAUGCCAUCCAGAUGGCCCUCUCUGUCUGCGAGGACCUCAUCUCCAGCCAGGUCUACGCCAUCUUGGUGAGUCACCCGCCAGCUCCCAACGACCACCUCACGCCGACGCCAGUGUCAUACACUGCUGGCUUCUACCGGAUCCCGGUCAUUGGCUUGACUACGCGCAUGUCCAUCUACUCGGACAAGAGUAUCCAUCUUUCGUUCCUCCGCACGGUCCCUCCUUACUCUCACCAGUCCAAUGUCUGGUUUGAGAUGAUGCGCUUCUACAAAUGGAACCACAUCAUCCUCAUCGUCAGCGAUGACCACGAGGGCCGGGCGACUCAGAAGAAGCUGGAGACCCUCCUGGAGGAGAAAGAGUCCAAGAGUAAAAAAAGGAGCUUUGACAGCCUCGAACCGCUAUCCUUUGACAACAAGCGAGGACCCAAGGCCGAGAAGGUCCUUCAGUUUGAGCCGGGCACCAAGAAUGUGACGUCUCUCCUCCUGGAAGCCAAGGAACUGGAGGCCAGGGUGAUCAUCUUGUCUGCCAGUGAGGAUGACGCCACCACCGUCUACACGGCCGCAGCCAAAGAAAACAUGACAGGUCCCGGCUACGUCUGGCUGGUGGGGGAACGGGAGAUCUCCGGCAAUGCCCUACGCAAUGCGCCAGAAGGUCUCAUCGGUCUACAACUCAUGAACGGCAAGAACGAGUCAGCUCACAUCCGGGACGCGGUGGCCAUAGUGGCCCAGGCAGUCCACGACUUGUUUGAGAAGGAGAACAUCACCGACCCACCCAGGGGGUGCGUGGGGAACACCAACAUCUGGAAGACCGGGCCACUUUUCAAAAGGGUACUGAUGCAGACGAAGUACGCCGAGGGUGUGACGGGCCGGGUGGAGUUCAACGAGGAUGGGGACCGCAAGUACGCCAACUACAGCAUCAUGAACCUGCAGAACAACAAGUUGGUGCAGGUCGGCAUCUACAACGGCAGCCACUUCCUGCCCAACGACCGCAAGAUCAUCUGGCCGGGAGGAGAAACCGAGACGCCCCAGGGCUACGAGAUGUCUACCAAGCUCAAGAUUGUCACCAUUCACCAGGAGCCGUUCGUCUACGUCAAGGAGACCCUGGCCGAUGGCAAGUGCAAAGCCCUCACCAACAGCACCGGUGGCUUGGUGCAGCAGGUCCUCUGUACGGGGCCCAACGAGACCAUGCCGGGCCGCCCCAGCGUGAUGCUCUGCUGCUAUGGCUUCUGCGUCGACCUCCUGAUCAAGCUGGCCAAGACCAUGAACUUCACUUACGAGGUCCACCUGGUGGGCGACGGGAAGUUUGGCACACAGGAGAGGGUGAACAACAGCAACAAGAAGGAGUGGAACGGCAUGAUGGGGGAGCUCUUGAGCGGUCAGGCGGACAUGAUCGUGGCUCCUUUGACCAUCAACAAUGAGCGGGCCCAGUACAUCGAGUUCUCCAAGCCCUUUAAGUACCAGGGACUCACCAUCCUGGUGAAGAAGGAAAUCCCCCGCAGCACCUUGGACUCGUUCAUGCAGCCGUUCCAGAGCACCCUGUGGCUCCUGGUGGGCCUAUCGGUCCACGUGGUGGCUGUGAUGCUUUAUCUCCUGGACCGUUUCAGCCCCUUCGGCCGCUUCAAAGUCAACAGUGAGGAAGAGGAAGAGGAUGCCCUGACCCUGUCAUCUGCCAUGUGGUUCUCCUGGGGAGUCUUGCUCAACUCUGGCAUCGGAGAAGGCGCUCCCCGGAGCUUCUCCGCACGGAUCCUGGGGAUGGUGUGGGCUGGAUUCGCCAUGAUCAUCGUGGCCUCUUACACUGCCAACCUGGCGGCCUUCCUGGUGUUGGACAGACCCGAGGAACGGAUCACGGGCAUCAAUGAUCCCAGGCUGCGCAACCCGUCUGACAAAUUCAUCUACGCCACGGUCAAGCAGAGCUCGGUGGACAUCUACUUCCGCCGGCAGGUGGAGCUCAGCACCAUGUACCGCCACAUGGAGAAGCAUAACUACGAAAGCGCCGCCGAAGCCAUCCAGGCCGUCCGGGACAACAAACUCCACGCCUUCAUCUGGGACUCGGCCGUCCUGGAGUUCGAAGCCUCCCAGAAGUGCGACCUGGUGACCACUGGAGAACUCUUCUUCCGGUCUGGAUUUGGAAUCGGAAUGAGGAAGGACAGUCCCUGGAAGCAGAAUGUCUCGCUGGCCAUUCUCAACCUCCACGAAAAUGGCUUCAUGGAAGAGCUGGACAAGACGUGGGUGAGGUACCAGGAGUGCGACUCAAGGAGCAACGCCCCAGCCACCCUCACCUUUGAGAACAUGGCAGGCGUCUUCAUGCUGGUGGCCGGUGGGAUCGUGGCCGGAAUCUUCCUGAUCUUCAUCGAAAUUGCCUACAAGAGGCACAAGGACGCCCGACGGAAGCAGAUGCAGUUGGCCUUUGCCGCCGUCAACGUCUGGAGGAAGAACCUACAGGAUAGACCAAGUGCUAGAGCAGAACCAGGCCCUAGAAUGAAAACCACUUUUAGGUCCAUCACAUCCACGCUGGCCAACAGCUUCAAGAGCCGUAGGUCCUGCAGAGACACGCAGUACCACCCCACCGACCUCGCUGGGCAGCUCAACCUCUCGGACCCCUCGGUCAGCACUGUGGUGUGAGGGUCGCCAGCUUGGGAAGGGGCAGCCGAGAUGCCUGAGGGAAGACUUGGGGGCCCCACCACACCCCGUCACUUCUUUCCUGCCCACCCCCUCUCAGACUCCCCCAGGGGCCUCGGAAUGGACCAGCUAUUUAUCUUCUUCUCCCACGGACCUCCUUUGGGGACUGGCGCUGAGGAAGUGGCCCCGCCCACAUGCCACAGACGGACAGAGACUGAGCUCUGGUGUGCCUUCAGUGCCCACUUCCCGUUUCCUUGCGCCCCUUCAAAGGACACCCUCCCAGGAAAGCCUGGCUUGCCCGCUUUCCCGAGGAGGCAGCUGCACGCAACUGGGAGAAUCCUGUCCGUGUACAGUGCUCCGCUUCCGGUUGUCCACGUUGGGGCUUGCUCGAUUUGGGGGGCUGACUGACUGACCAUCCUGUCCAUGUACAUAAUCUGCUUCUCUUCCUUUUGUCCACUUUGGGGAUCACUCAAUUUUUUGGGGAGGGGCGACUUCCUUCCUUCCUUGCUUGCUUCCUUCUUUCCUUCCUUCUUUCUGUCCUUCCGUCCAUCCGUCCUUUUUUCCUUCUUUCC